AUGUCGACGGCAGAAACGAACGAGAUCAGCUCUCUCUAUCCUCCGCCACCGCCUUACAUCAAGUUCUUUACGCAGGAGAACCUGGAAAAACUGCCAGAAUAUCUAAAAAACAAGACCAACCGUGACAACCAAGGCUCUGCCACCGGCGGUGCCGCCGAACAGCCAGAAUGCGCAUUAGAUUUUUUAAUUCCACCUCCGUUACCUCCAACUUCGCAGUACAGGGCAUUCGGCAGCGUUUGGCAGCUGAAGGACCAGCUGCCAGACCUCAAGACCAUGGGCUUGACGCAGCUUUACAAGAAGGCAUCCGACGAAGACACAAAUAACUACCAGUACAAGAUCAAAGAGCUCCAUAGGCUGCUCAAAUCGCUUCUUCUGAACUAUCUCGAACUUGUCAACAUCCUCAGCAUCGAUCCCAGCCAGUACGAGCAGAAAGUGGAUCACAUCCGGACCAUUCUGGUCAAUAUCCACCACCUACUUAACGAAUAUCGGCCACAUCAAUCACGUGAGUCGCUUAUCAUGUUGCUUGAAGAGCAGCUCGAAUAUAAGCGUAAAGAGAUCAAAGAAAUCGACCAAGUGUGCCAGCAGCUCCGAGACAAACUGGCCAACCUGGAUAGACCCACCACUGAGCCGGAUGUCGAGAAACCCGAUGACGCCAAACAAUCAGCUACGAGCUAUGACGGAACUAUCGAGAGACGCGGCUGA